UUUAUCUAUCCCUGUUCAAUUUGCUACGUACUAUUAUUUCUUAUCCUGUUGGUUUUGUUUAAUUUGAUAGCAACUAAAAUUUUGUUGCUGGGAGUCGUGGAAGGGAAAGCCUAGGGCUGAAUCAAUGAUUAAUUGAGGGGGGAAAUCCCUCAACCAUACAUAAUGGCAACUCAACAAUAAUUUAGUCUCAGAUAGCUGCUGAAAGCACUGAGAGGUUGAGAUUUAUUUGUCUAUGAGACCACACGGCUACCGUGUGUCAAAGAUAAAGCCUGAACUGAAUUAUUCUUGAUGCUAAGGCCAAAACUCUACCCAUAAUAUCUAUCAUGUUGAAGUGAGGGAGUGAACAUUUUGGGGUUAAAGUCUUGUGCUUUAAAUAGCUUCGGGUGCGGACGCGCCAACAUUUUUCUUUUCUUUUGCUGAAAUUUACAUCCCACUGUUUUUAGACGUUUCCAGCCGGCACAGUUAAUGAGCACCACAAAGGAUGGGGAUUUAGGGGUCCCAGUGUGCCAGAAGCUAGUAGUAUCCAAUGCUGGGGGGUGAGGGGGGGGUGGGUUUUUUUUUUUUUUUUUGGAAGGCCAAAGGCACCAGAAAGUGUGUGGAUGUGUGCAUGCCUAGACAUGAAACGCAGGUCUAGGAGGUCCAGGGAAGGAAGGCAGCUGUAGUCAAGGCCUGCCCUUCCUCUCUCAGACCCUCUGACUCCACCCCCGCAGGCUCAAGAGAAGAGACGUUCGGCCACCUCCCAGGUCGUCCUUGACCAAGUUAGCCCACUAAAAGGGGUAUCUGCCAUCCCACCCCGCUCUUUCCCUCCUCACACCAAGCUUCUCACGGUACGAAGGAGUAGCAGCGUAGAGCGGGACGCCCCUAUGGCCAAUUCCUCGCCCCGAGAGGAUGAGACUCUGGUCACACAGCAAAUUUGCAGCUUGGGCCUUCUACCACCGCCGAAGAAACAGUGUGGCGUGCCCUUGGCCGAGGACGUGGCUGAGCUGUCCGUGCAGGAUGCCUCCGGCAAAGGGAUCCCGUUCGGGGAGCUCUUCCGGGAACGCCGGGCUAUCGUCGUGUUCGUGAGGCAUUUCUUGUGUUACACGUGUAAAGAAUAUGUGGAAGAUCUGGCCAAAAUCCCCAAGAGUUUCUUACAAGAUGCUAAUGUCACACUAAUAGUUAUUGGACAGUCAUCUUUCCAACACAUUGAGCCUUUCUGCAAGUUGACAGGGUAUUCUCAUGAAAUCUAUGUCGACACUGAGAGAAAAAUUUAUAGAAAACUUGGAAUGAACAAAGGGGAAGGAAUUGCUUCAUCAGAGCAGAGUCCACAUGUGAAAUCCAACCUACUCUCAGGAAGCAUUCAAAGUCUGUGGAGAGCUAUGACUGGCCCUAUCUUUGAUUUUCAAGGAGAUCCAGCUCAACAAGGUGGAACACUCAUUUUGGGUCCUGAACCUAGGUGGCAGGCACUAUUUAUAAUUAUCUCCAUUGACAGAGCUAGGAAGUUUUUUAAUUCUUCUGUUCCAGGUAACAACAUCCAUUUUAUACACCUUGAUAAGAAUAGACUAGAUCACAAGCCUAUAAAUUCUAUUUUGCAGCUUGCAGGAGUUCAAACAGUGAACUUUACAAAUAAAUCUUUCAUAAUUCACAUAUAAUUUAGAGACACUUCUCUUUUCAAGACUUUGUUCUUAGAGGGGAAAAGUCUUCAAAAUACAAUUAUGAAAUGAUUAAGAAAUAACCUAUCAGAUAUUUGCUUGUUCUAAAUUUAACCUAAAUAUCACUAUGAAAUAACAAAAAUAUUUAUAAAGAAUUCUUUUUGUAGCAGGUCAUAGCUCACAUACAAUGCACAGAAAAAUCUGUCCAGUGGUCACAGAUGGCAGACCACCUGUUUAGUCAUCUGGUAGACCCUUCUGGUUGAAUAUCAGUGGGGCUGGAUAAGAAAAUGUUGAUUGUUCAGUUCAACCCAUUCAUGGAUAAAUAGUCACAACAAACACAUGUUCAACUGACAGUUUUGCUAUGAAUUACUUCAUUUUUAUUUUCUUUUUUGCACACAUAGAUAGCAUAGAGAUGAAAUGUUUGAAAGUUAAGUGAUAUAUUUAAAAUACAGGCAAAUGUAUUUUUUGAAAAGCAAUGUUUCAAAUUUUCAAAAAACUGGUAACAUUUCUUAUAGUA